GCUCAGUGAGUCACACACACCCAGGGCAGCCAGUCACUGUUGAACCUGUCGCUCCCUGGCAGGCCUGGUGGAGGAGCAGUUCUGCAAGAAGAUCGAGGCGGCGCACUGCAUGGCCUGCGACAUGAUCAUCCCGGCGCAGCACAGCCUGCUGCAGCGCCACCUGAAGUCGCAGGAGCACACGAUGAACCGCAAGGGACUCUUUGAUCAGUUCAAGAGGUCCAGCCUGCCGAUCGCGAAGAGCAUCCUGUACAACAAGAACAUCAGGCGGAUGCUGGACAACUAUUUAAAGGGAGAGGACCCGUUCACGGACGAGGCUGCGGACCACGAGGUGGACGUGGAUGAGGGCGCCGCGCCUGCGGAGGGCGCUGCCGGGGAGACGCCCGGGGAAGGAGGAGGAGAAGGGGCGGGGGCAGAGGAAGAGGGGCACGGGGAGGUGGAGGGGGAGGGAGAGGUUGGGGGCGAAGCAGCAGGAGUGGGCGAGGGCGAGGGGGAGGGAGUGCGGGAGGCAGAGGCAGAGGCAGAGACCGCUGGGAUUGAGCCCACAAGCGAAGCUCCGAUGGACAGCUCGGCCACCGAAGAGCAGCAGGGAGAUGUAGGGUUGGGAGGAGAAGAGGAGGAGGAGGAAGAGGAGGAGGCAGGGGAAGGCAUGAGGCUGGGGGAAGAAGAGGAUUUGGAGGAAGACGAAGAGGAAGAGGAGAAUCCUAUGGCCUGAUCCUGUGGUGGGGGGGAAUGAAAUGUCCAUCUCAGUUCAUUUGUAGUUUUUUUUUUUUAUUUGAGAUGUGUAAAUAUCUGUGUAUAGACUGAGCCCUGCCCUGUUGAGACAAGGCGCGCGUGAAGACACGGGGGGACUUGGCAGGCACAAAACUGGAGGGGGCACAGGCAUGGCCCUGCUGGGGCCUGACGCAGACGCUCACUGGGCACGGCUUGUGCUGGUGCUAUACCACAGGGCUGCAGGGUGUCCAACAGAGAAAACGGGGCGAGUCCACUGUAUGCUUUUGGGGGGCGCUGGCGUGCUUAUUUUAAUGUGGCAGGGCUGUAUGUAUGCAAUAAGGCUCUGACAGGGCGUCCGUACACAUCCUCUGUACCCCCAGUCCUCAACCCUGAUACACUGGACAGCUGGAGCUCAAACUUGUAGACCAGAGUGUUAACCUCUUGUCUUUUGGGGACCCUAGGUGCCCUAGAUUUUACAUUGCAAACCUCUGCUGGAUGUUGGGCACAGACCAGUCCUGUGCCAGUUACACACACAGCGUGACUGUGGUGUACCAGCAUGGUUAGGACCAGAAUUCUGGACUUUAACCCAAGAUUCAGAUCAAGGUUCUUGUUAUUGGGGGAGUGACAGAUCCUGAGGCUUGGGGCGUAGGCUUAUUUGGGAAUCACUUCUUUACCAGUGGUUGUGAAGAACAGUGAUGACUAAGAUGGGGGAGCAGUUUUCCAUGUUAUUUGUUUGGCUGCAGACGUUAUAUUGGGGGGGGGGCAUUUGUUUUUAAACUUUUUUUUUAUUUCAUUUUGUUGGGUUCUAGACUAUUGCUCCUGUUUUUUAAGAAAUAACAAUUGUAAAGCUUUUUCAAUCGAUCAGUCAGUAGAUAACUGAAUCCGUUUGUGCCAGAGGGGAGCAGAGGUGGAAGGCAGGUGUAAGAUAUGUGUAUAUUGUUCAUCACUGUUGACACGUAUUAAAAAAAGUAAUGUUUGAUCUCUCA